AUGUCAUACCAACAAGACGAGCAGCAGAAGGACACUCCUCAGUCCCCUGGACAGAACCAGCAGGACAACAACGACAACAAUCCUUUUGGUCAGCAGCAGGGCGACGAUAACAACCAGCAACAAGGACAGGACCAGAACCAGGACGACAACCAGAACCAAGACCAGCAGCAGCAAGGUCAAAAUGAGUCUGAGUCUAAGGAGGAUUCUAACAAGGAUGAAUCCAAGCCCGGUGAAGAGAACGCAAAGGCUGAGACACCCGGCGACGCGGAGCAGAAGCCUGAGCAAGCCGGUUCUGAAGAGUCAAAGCCCGAGGAGUCAAAGCCCGAGGAGUCAAAGCCUGAAGAGUCCAAGUCUGAGGACAAGCCUGAGGAAAAGCCUGAAGAAAAGCCUGAGCAGGCCAAGUCUGACGACAAGAAGCCCGAGGAGGUAAAGAAGGAAGAAGGCGAUGCUACCGACAAGAAGCCAGAGCAGGCAAAGGCCGAGGCCAGCAACAAGGGCGACGAGGCCAAGCCUCAGCAGAAGAAGAAAAAACAGCCACCUGUCAAGCAAGAGGAGGAGAGCGAGUCCGAGUCUGAAGAUGAUGACGACGACUUUGAUUCCGAAGACGACUCAGAGGAAGACUCCGAAGAAGAAGACUCCGAAGAUGACGAGUCAGAGUCAGAGUCCGAGGAGGAGGAGGAGCCUGCCACUCCACCUGAGCCCGCUCGCCGAGGUGGCAGACGCGAAUCAAAGAAGAAGGUCGAUGAAUUAAGACGUCGACGCCCAGCUUGGCUCGACGAAGAAUCUGACGAAGAGGGUCGAAAACAGCUGUCACCCAAAGACGAGAAGGCCCAGCAGACGCAGCAGCAGCAGCGUCAACAGCAGCAGAUGCAACAGCAGCAACAACAGCAGCAGAUGCAGCAGCAGCAGCAACAACAGCAGGGUGGCGGCGGCGGUAAGAGUGACGCCCUCAGUCUGCAUCUAGAGCUCAACCUCGAAAUCGAAAUCGAACUCAAGGCGAGAAUUCAUGGUGAUCUUACACUGGCACUACUGUAA